AUGGGCCAGUGGGACCCGCCGUUUAACUGCAACGCCCACACCUACCUGUACUGCUGUGGCACCUGCGGCUACCGCUUCUGCUGCGAGUUUGCCCAUGACCGCCUGGACCAGAGCACCUGCACCAACUACGACACGCCCAACUGGGUCAACACGGGCAAGCCUCCCGUCAAAGUUGACGAACCCGUGGAGGGGCCAACCAAGGACAAGACCAACAUGAUCGUCUACAUCAUCUGCGGGGUGGUAGCCAUCAUGGUGCUGGUGGGGAUCUUCACCAAACUCGGCCUGGAGAAGGCCCGAAGGCCUCGGACAGAGAUGAACAUGUCAAGAGCACUGACUGAUCUGCUGAAGCAGCAGAGCCAUCACUCCGUGGACUACAUCGAACAUGGUGGGAAUUUUGGUAGCGUUCAGGUCCCCAUCGCUGACAGCCUCACACCGAGAACAACGAGGAGCAGUGUGGAACAGCCCUCAUCUGCAGGAGUGCCAGCGUCUGUGAAGCCUCCUCCAGUUGUUGAUGUGGCACGGUGCCAACCAGGUCAAAUAUCCUACCCAGAGAUCCCCCUGCGGGCUGCCUGUGGGCCUCUGGACUCAAAGCGUGCUCCAGUCCGACAACAGGAAAAGCAGCCUCACCUGAAUAACGCGCUGGCCCCAUCGCGGAGCGUCUCCCAGAUGGGACCGACUCACCCCCACAACAAUAUCCUGCAGCGAAUGGGCUCAGCACCGCCACCUGGACAGGACUUCAAUAAAUACGCCACGCUCCAGGCAGUGGCAGAGACAGCUCCUGACGAUUUCUACUCCAAGAGGUAUCCGCUGCGAGAGCUGACUCCGUCGGGAGUGACAUUCCCUGCGCUGGGACCCCCCCAGAAGGACAGGCCCCCUGGGGAGCUGUGUGGGGGCUUUGUGACCACCACCCCGACUCAGAAAACCAAAGUCAGCAAGAGCAACGCGCAGCCCCUGUUUAACCCGGGCUACAAGGGCUGGGAGCAGAGCGAGCCACCCGGCCGCCGGCUCCUCUCCACCAACAGGAGGCAGUACAACAUCGAGCACUUGCCGGAGAUCUUCAAUGUCCCACCACAUUACAAGCAGCAGCGACAACGGCACCUAUCCACAAACAGCAAGACGGAGGUCACCGUGUAA